AUGGAGGCAAGGGAGACCCUAGGCAGCUCCCGGCAAAGGGGAGGUGAGGCGGAUUUCCUGCCGGCCACGGUUUCCUCUGCGAAGCCUCCACCUGCUUCUAGCUGCACGGGGGAGACCAUGUUGCCUGCUUCAGGCUCCGGGAAAGGGAUCCCAGUGAGCGGAGAACGACUGGAGCCAGAAGAAGAGGAUGAAUUGGGUUCUGGGAGAGAUGUGGAUUCCACUUCCAAUGCAGACAGCGAGAAAUGGGUGGCAGGAGAUGGCCUGGAGGAGCAGGAGUUUUCAAUCAAGGAGGCUAACUUUACAGAGGGGAGCCUGAAGCUGAAAAUCCAGACCACUAAGAGAGCCAAGAAGCCCCCUAAAAACCUGGAGAACUAUAUCUGCCCACCUGAGAUCAAAAUCACCAUCAAGCAGUCUGGCGAGCAGAAACUCUCCCGAGGUGGGAAAAAUAGCAAAGCAGCUAAAGAGGAGGACAGAGGGCACUCCAAAAAGAAGCUGUUCACAGCUGAUGAACUGAGCUUGUCUACACUGAAGGGCUUUUCACCUCAAGUUUAUGACCGGCCCCCAAAGCAUUCUGCUCUGCACUAUGACCCAGGCCUCCAACAGGACUUCACCAGUGACACCUUAAAAUCAAAGCACCAGCAAAAAAGCAGCAACCAGCACCAUCUUGACUGGUCAGCAAGCUCUGACACUGGAUCUGCGUCUCAAAGUUGCUUCCUCAAUACAGAAUCCAGCCGAGAAGCAGCUAGUGCCACCAAGGUUUGUGCUCAAGAGCCAGUUGUUUCUUUCAGCAAGCCUCAAACAAAGAAAUCUGGUGCAGGAAACUCAUGGAGUCAGUUGUCAACCAAUAAUAAAGAGCUGGCUGUAUGCAGUGCAGUUCCAUCACCAAAUAACAUCACUGCAGCAUCCCAGCCUAGCAAUCCUUCCGAGUGCAAUGGGCUUUCGCCUCUAGUGGAUAAAGAGGGAGGAGGCCAAAUGGAGAUCCCUGACCAACCCACUGGGAACACAAAGAAGAAAUCCAGCAAAAAAGACUUAAUAAAUCACACCAUCCAAAACACAGAUGUAGAAUGGGUGAAAAAUGCUCAAAAAGCAUUUGAGAGCAAAACCCAUGACAGCAUGGAAAGGAAAAAGGAAUCUUAUUCAACGGACAAAAUGCUAGAAGCAUCGCCCUCGAGGCAGAACCCAAGUUCUGCCAAUGGUUCUGAGAGUGACACCAGUCACGUACGAAUUACUAUCCCAAUAAAGACUCCGACAGCAGAUAUGUCUGGCCACAAAAGGAAAAAAAGGCAAUCUGCAAAAUCUUCAGCAGAUAAAACUCUCCAGGAAAAAAGCCUACCUUCUGGAAUUCCCAUGAGCAGUGAAGUAGCAAACAGGACUAGUUCACAACUGGAGGCAAGCAAAAAAGAUCUUCGAGCCAUAAAGCAAGGGAAAGCUCCUGAGAAUGAGUCCCCAUUGGCAGCUAUUGAGAGCAGUGGGGUCACUGACAAAGCUCCCCCAAACAAUGCAAGUAGGCUCAGAAAAUCUGCAGCUGCAACUUCCAUGUCCGCUCCUAACAAUCUUUCUGCAUCUAGCAAAUUGCCACAUAUCCAGCACCCAAAACUUGCAGCAAAACGGAGAUGGACCUGCAGCAAACCUAAAAACAUGCUUCAAGAAACCUCUGUGGCUACAUCCGAGAAGCUGAUGAUAGAGCCUCCUUCAGCCUAUCCCAUCACUCCAUCUAGCCCUCUGUAUACCAAUACAGACAGUCUUACGGUGAUUACGCCCAUCAAGAAAAAAAGAGGACGACCAAAGAAACAGCCUUUGCUCACUGUCGAAACCAUCCACGAGGGAACCUCCACCAGCCCGGUCAGUCCAAUCAAUCGAGAAUUUCCAGGCACAAAGAAAAGGAAGAGGAGACGGAACCUGGCUAAGCUGGCCCAGAUGGUCCCAGGGGAGGACAAAUCCAUCAGUGAACUGAAGUUUCACAAAAAGGUCGGCAAGCUGGGCGUAUUGGAUAAGAAGACCAUCAAGACCAUCAACAAGAUGAAGACCCUCAAGAGGAAGAAUAUUCUGAAUCAGAUCUUGUCCUGCUCCAGCAACAUAGCUUUGAAAACAAAAGCCCAGCCACCGUCCAGCGCAGGGGCUGCGACCAUCGAUGCCAGACUAGGGAAGCAAAUAAAUGUCAGCAAGAGGGGGACUAUCUACAUUGGCAAAAAACGGGGCAGGAAGCCAAGAGCAGAGCUGCAGCCCCCUCCAGAAGAACCUAAGACAGCCAUCAAGCACUCAAGGCCUGUUUCGAGCCAGCCAGAAAACCCAGCAGUGCCUUCCAACUUGCAGUCACUUGUGGCAUUGUCACCAGCAGCUAUUCAUCCGCUUUCAACACAGUUAGUGGGGUCUAAUGGCAACCUUAGCCCUGCAAGCACUGAAACAAAUUUUUCAGAGUUAAAAACUAUGCCAAAUCUUCAACCCAUCAGUGCUCUUCCUACAAAAACCCAGAAAGGAAUGCACAGUGGAACUUGGAAGCUGUCUCCACCCAGGUUAAUGGCUAACUCACCUUCCCAUCUCUGUGAAAUAGGUUCUCUGAAAGAAGUCACGCUGUCACCAGUGAGUGAGUCUCACAGCGAGGAAACCAUACCAAGCGACAGUGGAAUAGGUACAGACAAUAACAGCACUUCUGACCAAGCAGAAAAAAGCUCAGAAUCCCGCAGGAGGUACUCUUUUGAUUUCUGUACCCUGGACAAUCCAGAGGCCAUACCAUCUGACACCAGCACAAAGAACAGGCAUGGUCACCGGCAGAAGCAUCUCAUUGUUGAUAACUUUCUCGCUCACGAGAGCAUUAAAAAGCCAAAGCACAAGAGGAAAAGGAAAAGCCUGCAGAACAGAGAUGACCUCCAGUUUCUUGCAGACCUCGAGGAGCUCAUCAACAAGUUUCAAGUGUUCAGGAUUUCCCAUAGAAGCUACACGUUUUACCACGAAAAUCCAUAUCCUAGCAUUUUCAGGAUUAAUUUUGAUCACUAUUACCCUGUGCCAUAUAUCCAGUAUGACCCAUUGCUCUAUCUUCGCAGGACCUCUGACAUGAAGUCUAAGAAGAAGCGUGGUAGACCUGCCAAAACCAAUGACACCAUGACAAAGGUGCCUUUUUUACAAGGGUUCGGUUACCCUAUUCCCAGUGGGAGUUACUAUGCACCCUAUGGAAUGCCUUACACAUCAAUGCCUAUGAUGAAUCUUGGUUACUACGGUCAGUAUCCAGCUCCUUUGUACCUGUCCCACACACUUGGAGCAGCUUCCCCAUUUAUGAGGCCCGCAGUGCCCCCACCCCAGUUCCAUUCAAGCUCUCAUAUGAAGAUGUCCACCACUGCCAAGCAUAAAGCCAAACAUGGAGUGCACCUGCAGACUCCUGUGGGAAUGAGCCUUGGAGAUAUGCAGUCCUCCUUGGCGCCUCCAAAGGUUGGAGGAACAAGCGUUUCUAGUGGCCGACUUCACAAAAGAAAACACAAACAUAAGCACAAGCAUAAGGAUGAGCGGAUAUUGGGGGCACAUGAAGAUCUGAGUGGUCUUUUUGCUAGCAAGUCCACCGGCUUCUCCAGCCAUGCGAUCAGCGAAAGGCUAAGUGGCUCAGACAAAGACCUCUCCUUGCUCAAUGAGAAAAGCAAGCAUAAGGAGAAACAGAAGCACCAGCAUUGUGAAACGGGACACAAAGGCUCAAAGAGUAACUUUGAAGUGGAUACACUGUCUACAUUAUCGCUUUCUGAUGCCCAGCAGUGGACGCAGAGCAAAGAUAAAAGUGACUCGAGCAAUGAUCCCAUUGACUCUUGCACAAAGAGAUACUCGGGUAACACUGAGAGUAGUGCAAGGUCAGAGUCCCUGGACAUGUUUGGUGAAAUCAGUUCCUCCAUCGAAAAGCGGGACAAUGAUGCAAGUGGGAAUAAAAGAAGAAGCUUUGAAGGGUUUGGAACUUACAGGGAAAAGGACAUUCAAUCUUUCAGGAUGAAUAGGAAGGACAGAAGUACCUAUGAUUCUUCAGCCUCUUCAGGAAUAACAAGUCCCCACUUAAAAGCAGACCAGCCUUCACUUCAUAGUAGAAUAGAAAGUUCUGCCUGUAACAUGAUGACCAGAAGGAAACCAGCAGCUGUUGAAAAUGUUGCAAUGCCACCAACGUCAGUGUUAUCGCUCCUACCUUCAUCAUCAGCAACAUCUGAUGCAGCCAGCUCACCACUGAAAAAGAGAUUCAAGCGUCGGGAAAUCGAAGCAAUCCAGUGUGAGGUGCGCAAGAUGUGCAACUACACGAAGAUCCUGUCCACCAAAAAGAACUUGGAUCAUGUGAACAAAAUCCUGAAAGCCAAGCGGCUGCAGAGACAAUCAAAGACAGGCAAUAACUUCGUAAAGAAGAGGAGAGGGCGUCCCCGGAAGCAACCUUUCUCAUUUGACGAAGACUCCAGAGACCAAAUGCCAGUUCUGGAAAAAUGCGUUGACCUUCCCAGCAAACGAGGUCAGAGACCCACAUUGAACCCUUUAAUACUGGAGCAAGCAGCCAGUCAAGAUACAGUCAUGGCCACCAUUGAGGCUGUAAUAAACAUGGCUCGAGAGACACCACCGCUUCCCCCUCCUCCCCCGCCGCCUCCUCCUCCACCCCCACCCCUUUCCCGGACACCACGAGUUGGAAAGAGGAAAAACAAACCGUAUCUGCAGCAGCAUCAGGAGGAGGAGGAGGAAGUGAAAGUGAAAAGGCACCGGAAAGCAAGAGGAAGUGAAAGUGAAAUUCUUCCCUAG